AUGAAAGAUCUUCACAAAAUACUUACUGUUAAAUCUCUUAAACCGAAAAUAUGGAAUCCUAAUUUGCAUAUUAUGAAUGAAGAACCUCAUACAAUUAAGACCUUAACACCUUUUACUCCCGAUGAAAAGUUUUUAGUAUUCAAGAGAAAAAUUAUUGCUCCACUUUUACGAUCACAGAAAAAUAAAAAUACAUUAACAUCUCAAAAAGAGGAUAGAUGGCUAGUAAAAACAAGUAAUAAUGAUAUAUUGGGACCUUAUACAAAAUCAGAGAUGAAGCAGUUUAUUGAUAAUAAUAAAUUUACAGAUGCAUACAUGAAGCGAGAUUAUGACAAAGAUUUUGUAGAUUUCCAGAUUUUAUGCUCUAUUCCUGAUUUUCUUGAAUCAGAAAAAACUGAUGAAUUUUUUAAAGAAAUAAACGAUAAAUUAGAAAAUUUACAAAUUGAAGAUAAACCAUCUUCUAUGCAAAAUAAUACAGAAAAUAAUACGUUUUUAGUAAAAGAGAGGACAAGAUUUUGCAAAUGCACAGAAUUUUUACUUCUUAAAAAAAUUAAUAUUAACAUCGAUUUAUUAAUAAAAAAAUUAUACGGUAAGAACAGGGAGACAGCAGUAAAUCUUGUAGGAUUUUUAACUAAUCUAAAAAUUGAAGAUUGUGAAAAACUUGUUAAUUUGAUAAUUCUUGAGUCAAAAAACAGUGUAAUUGCAGAUGAUAAUGGGUUUAUUAAAACACAUAAGAAAAAUUCAAAGAAGCAAUAUAAGUAUUAA